GCCACCCUGUGUUAGUAAAUCCAUGGCGACUACAGUAAACAAUUUCUACAAACUUGCAAGUGCAUUUAUUUUGCGUAUGUUUAAGCAUGAGUUCUCCAUUAAAUAUUCUUAGUAAGCACAAGAAACAUGGUUUAAACAACGCAAGAAACUUUGGAAAACGGCCAAUGCCAUUUCGUACACCAGACCUUGGCAGUGAAGAUUCCUUAUUAAAUGAUGUAACAUCAAGCAUGGUGUCACCAAACAGUUACUUGAAUAGUUUUAGUUCAGUUACAUCAUCAUAUGACUCAACCGUUGAAGGAAUAACCCCAAGAAAAUUACUACAGGCUUCGCAGAGAGCAUCACCAAUGCUAAAUCCAAUCGGAAAUGUUGGCCAUUCAAAUAAGAAAGCUAUGCCACAAGCACCAAAUGAUAUGGAGUUGUUGUCCACUAUGAUGAAACGAAUCACACAGCUGGAAAAACAAGUGGCUUUCUACAGCAAAGAGGUUGUGGAAAAAGAUACAAGAAUUAAGAUACUUGAAGAUAAACUAGCUCUGUUUAAAAACAAAGAAUCAAAGGAAAGUGAUGAACCUGGCAAAGUUGCACAACUAGAAAUGAAGUGUCUUCAACUGCAACAGGAAAUUUAUGAGAUGGAGGCAUUUUUGGCGGACUAUGGAAUGAUCUGGGUUGGUGAAAAAUCAAAUCCAAAUUCCAAGGAAUAUUUAGAAAAUGAUGACGAUAGCGUUCCUGUUGCCACGGUGACUGAUGGUUCAUGGGCACAAGACCCACCUCCUGAAAACUUUAAAGUGGAUUACGAUUUAGUUUUAAGAAAUAUACAAGAAUUAAACAUCAUUGCUGGAGAUGGUCAAGCUGAUAUUGUUAAAACAAAAGGUGGUGCAAAACUGCAGGCCCAGAAGACCGUGCCACUUAUACUUUACGCGAAUGGUAUCAUGUUGUUUAAUGGACCAUUUCGCCCACUGUCUGAUGUUACAACACAAAGGUGCUUAUGUGACAUCACAGAUGGGUAUUUCCCAAGUGAACUACAGGAAAGAUAUCCUGAUGGAGUUCCUAUACAGGUUACUGAUAAACGUCAUAUAAAAUUCAAAGAUGCAAGAAAAGCUGAGAUAUUUCCUGGCGUCGGUCGAUCUUUAUUGGACAAGGAUAACAUUGCAAAGACAUCAACACAAAUUCUUCAUAAGGAAGAUUUGGUUUCUAAACAAACUAAUACUGGAACGUCCUCACCUGAUGAUCUAGAAGAAUCAAGUGAGCUACCUGGUUUAAGAAUGUCCGUUGAACAAUUUCUUGAUAAAGUUCCCAAAAGUGUUAUUCGUGGUGGUAAGGUAGUGGAUAUAAGGUCCUCACUGAAGGAGAGUUUGACUGACAGUACAAGGGGAAAAGUAACCACUGAGAUAGUGGAAACAGAAGCUGUUAAAAACAUGCAGCACAGAAUGGAGAUUCCACAGCAAGAAAGGCCAGUUAGUGCUAGAGACGUCACCACCAUCCGUGUAAAGUCAGAAGAUGGUUCAAAAAUAUUCAUUUUAAAACUGAAAUUUUCGGAUACAAUUCAAGACCUGCGAAACUACAUCAAAAAGCAGAGACCUCGACACAGAGAACCCUAUGAUAUAUUAUCAACUUUUCCGAACCAAAAGCACUCUGACUUGAAGAAGACAAUGCAAGACUCUGGUCUUGUUCCAAAUGCAACCCUGUUUUUAAAACGAAAGUAGCAUCUCUUAUUAAGUUGGUUAUCCCAUGUGUUUUGGGGAAAUUACUACCAACUAUUUUGUUAUUUUUACGUAUUCAUUUAUGAUGGUUUACCUGGUACUUUCGUAGUAUUGUCACAUUCUGUAAUAAAAGGUGCAAUCACUGUAUAACAAAUGUAGAGGGCUUGCACAAAAGUACAA